AUGACCGUGCACGCUCGUUUGUGUGUGUGUCUGCAUGUGUCUAAUGAUGAAUCUGCCCUGCAGACGCUGGACCGGCAGAGGGGCCCUCUGUCCUUGCUCUGCACAGACCGCGUCCUGGCUCUGCAGACGGAGCUGCUUCGCUACGACGUCUGGCAAGAUGGGCGUGGAUGGCUGCACUCUGCCAAUGCGAGCCGCAGGUCUGUGUUGAGCUCUCGCGUCAGAGGCGAACUGGAGAGAUAUCUGGCUGCCUCUGGCUCGCUGAAGCUCUGGGGCCACAUCUGCUACCUGUCCGUUCUGGUGACACUGAACGAGGUUCUGUACAGGAUUGUCUGUGAUGAGAUCACGGACGAUGAUGUGGCCCGUGUGAACGGGAAUGUGGCCUUUGUCUGGGACUCGCAGCUCGGCUAA